AUGGCGGCCAUCGUGGCGUCAUCAUCGUCGUCAUCAGGCGGCCAGGGCCUUGUCAGCAACAACGAGUUGAUGGCCAUUGUCCAGGCGCUGGGCUUGUGGCGGGCCGUGCCGUCGGCAGCUGUUCCAGCAGAGUUUGUGGCUGUCUUUGCCAAAGAAGCAGGAAAAGCGCAAGAGGCCGAAGAGUCGGGCGCAGCUACUUCGUCGAUGACGCGAUCGCGGCAGUACUCGCUGUCGGACAUGGCUGCGGCCGCUCGCUCGUCAGCGUCGCCGCCAGACUCGCCGGCAUCCGGCGUGGCACCAGUCGGCGUUGCUGCCCGCCGUUCCGCGCUCCAACGGAACAGCAAGCGUGUUGACAGCCGCAUGAGCUCCGGCGGCCAGAGCCAAUCGUCAACCUUUGACGACUCGUUCACAUUUUUCGGCCCGCCGGACUCGGAUCGCCGCCGUGUCUUUGCCCGUCUUCGCCGCAAGGAGAUGCCCACUACCGAGUUUGAGCUCCUCCCCCAUUUGCAGGACGAGCUCGACCGCGAGCGCGCUGCACAGCGGUUUGCCGUCAUGGCCUCCAAGCAGCGCGCUGCCGCCGGCCAGGCCGAUGCCGCCGACGUCCUCGCCCAGCCCAACUCGCUCGACAAGACAGGCACUUUUGACGUGGGCGCGUCUGGUGGCGCCGUUCCGCCACCACCGAGUGGCGGCGAUGCUGCUGCUUCGGGGGCGCAGCCCGCUGCCACUGCCGCGGCCGCGUCUGCCGCCGACAACGACGUCGUGGCUGAGCGUGCCGAAGUCGUCCCGCUCCGCACCAUGCUCGAGAAGCAGCACUGGGUCAAGGACUCGCACGCUUGGGCAUGUUAUCACUGCGGUGCGUCCUUUUGGCUCUUUACCCGCAGGCACCACUGCCGGCUGUGCGGCCAGGUCUUCUGUCGCAAGUGUGCGUCGUGGUUCAUCCCCGCCCGCCUUGUCCUCGGCUCCAAAGGCAAGGACGUUCGCUCGUGCCAGUACUGCUACGACCACGCACUCGAGUCAGCUGCCACCUCUGAGGCCGCCGCCGCCGCGCUUGCCGCCAGCGAGGCCAAGGCCGCCGCUGCCAACCAGGCCAAGGCCAAGGCGGCCAAGGUCAAGGCCAAGGCCAAGGCCAAAGCCAAGGCAGCCAAGGCUAAGGCCCGUGCUGCCAAGAGCAAGGGCAAAGCUGCCCGCGCCGCUGCCGCUGCAGAGCCCGCCAUCGACCCGACGCUCAUGACGGCUGCGCGCAUCUCGUUUGUCCUCGGCAUGCGUCGCUCGGACGUGACCAGCUCGUCCGAGCCACAGGCUCCGCCCGUCCGCACCACCUCUGUUGUCGCCGGCUACCGCACACUCUCCACCAUCAAUCCACACCCGGCGCUCGACGACGACUGGGGCUCCGCCGCACCGUCGACGCUCACGCCCCCAUCCCUCGGCCCACACGCCUCGGCUGACCCAGACCCGAUGGCCUCGACCGGCGUCUCGGUUUCGGUCUCGGUCUCUGGCUCUGGCUCUGGCUCUUCCUCGUCCACCUCCGCCUCGACGGCCUCAAGCCCAUCUUCGUCCGACAACGACAAACAAGGUUCAUCCUCCUCUUCUUCCUCCUCUUCGUCUUCCUCCUCCGACGGCACCACCCACGUUGACAGAUCGGGCACGCCCGCCAUCGCGCCGCUCGCCAAGACCCGCUCGCGCCGCUCGGGCUCGGGCUCGGACUCUGACUCGGCUCGCCCGUCUGGCCUUGGCGAGCAGGACCGGACCGUCUCGCGCCCGUUCUACGCGUCUGACUUUGACAUUACAGACCGCAAGAACUCAGUAUGGGGCUUUGAUGCCCACGCCUCUGACGCCACCAGGCCGCGCAAGCCAGCGACGCUUCUCAGGCAGGUCUCAACUCCAACAAGCAUCCUCGCUAGUCAUCUCCCCGCCUCGCCCACUACCGGCACCACACCCUCGGGCAUCAACGCCUCGUCCGACUCGCUCCAUCGUCUCACCCUCAACACCUCGGUCGAGAACUUCCGAGAGCUCGUGACAAGCAAGGCGAGGGAGGUGGGCGAAGGAAGCGGUUCUGGCUCUGCAAACGUCUCGGACACUCCGGGCUCCCCCGACGCUGUUUUCGCGCCGCUUGCUGACAAUGCAGUCGUAGGCGUCGAGCGGCACUUUGCCACGGUCGUGCCAUUCCUCCGCCCACUCGUGGCACAAUUGCUGGGCGAUGCCAACCUCGAUGACAGCCGCUACGGUGAUGGCGUGACUCAGCUCGCACUCUGUGCUGCUCAGCACAUCGCCCCGGUCCUCGCCGCCGGCGACUCGAUGGACGUCCGCGAGUACGUCCGGUACGAGGUGCUGGCCACCGGAAACUUUGCAGACUCGGAGCUCAUUCACGGCCUCGUGACUCCCAAGAACAUUGCACACAAGAAGAUGGUCAACCACAUGACCAACCCCAAGAUCAUGCUCCUUGGUUGCCCUCUGCAGUACUCGCUCACUGACAACGUCAUGUCCUCGUUUGACACCAUCCUCACCCAUGGCCGCGAGUUCCUCAAGUCUCAGGUCUCGCGCGUCCUCAAGCACACGCCCGACAUCAUCGUGGCCCAGCACUCGGUCUCGCGGCUCGCCCAGGAGUUCCUCCUCAAGCGCGGCAUCACUCUUGUCCUCAAUAUGGGCCCGACGUUCAUGGCCCAGCUUGCGCGGUUCACCGCCGGCCGAGUCGUCACCUCGCUCGAGGACUUUGCUGCUUCGGACCUUGGAACCUGCGGCGAGUUCCGCGUCCGCAGCUUUCUCGACUCGUCGCGCUCACGCAAGACGCUCAUGUUCUUUGAUGGCACGCCACCGGCCGUCGGCGCCACCAUUCUGCUCCGCGGCCAGGAGCUGGCCACGCCGUCGGUCCAUCAUGGUCUCACCGGCGCCAUGUCGUUUGCCAUCUACGCCGCCCGCGCCAUGCUCACCGAAGCCGCGCUCCUCGACGACCUCGCUAUCGACCUCGCGCCUCACUCGGUCCACAUGCGGUUCCAGCUCGAUGCUCUUGCUGCCGAAGCCGCCCUCCCGGGCUUUGGCAAGCUUUAUGCCUCCCGCAUUCUGUCGACCUCGCUCGCCACCGCCUUCCCGCUCCCAUCGAACGAGGGUCUCGGGCUCGUCACCAAGGCACAUGACCAGAGCAAGCCUGGGCACAAUGUCGAUGGCGAUAACGUCAAGGGCAAGGAACCCUCUGACGACGGGAGCGAUUGCGACGCUGCUGCAAAUAACGACAGCAAGGAGCUGCUCACCGAGCCGCCGGCCUCGAUCUAUCCACAGGACUAUCAGGGCAUCCAAGUCGUUUUUGCUACCCGCUCGCUCUCUGCGGGACGGAUGUGCGUCUCGCCACAGCGGUACUUUUUCUCGUUCUUCAAUGACUUUGACAUCUCGCUCGGCCAGGCUGUUGAGCUUUGUGUGGGUAAGGACAACUUGUGCGUGGCAUGCAAUGGGCCGAUGACCGACCACGUCAUCGAGUACACCCAUCUCGACACGACGCUUGCGCUCUCGAUCUCGGCCAUCGAGGCGCCCAGCGACACCAUCAGCGAUCUCGCGCCGCUGGUAUGGUCUUCCUGCACCGAGUGCGGUGCGCUGUCGGGCCUCUCGGAGCUCUCACACCACGGUUGGCACUGCUCGUUUGGCAAGGUCAUCCAGGGCGCCGUCUACCAGGGCGCCGUCUCGCGGAUGUGCGGGCACUCGGCGCGGUCACUCGUCCGGUUCUUUGCCAGUGGCGACCGGGUUGUCUCGAUUGCGUCGUCGUCGGCAAUGGUGCUGCGCCUCCGGCGCCCGGCCCGCUCCCUCGAGUUCAACACGGAGCUUCAAGUCAGGCUUUGGAUCUACGAGCUCAACCAGAUCCGACGCGACGCGCACACUGUCUUUGAUGCCAUUGCGCGUCAGCUCGACAUUGCUGCCGCGCUCGACGACUUUGAUGCUUGGCUCGCCCGCUACCGCUCGCCGCGCUUGUCUACCUCGCAGUCGCGAUCGCCGACCCGCUCACCCGUACGCUCAGCACACUCCGAGGCCACAGUCAGCGAGUCUGCCGCGGCUAGCGAGGCUGCAGCGGACGACGCAGAGAGCGAGGCUGCUGUGAGCAGCGAUGCCGGAGCAGCAACGCCGCAGCCGGCAUCGGCGACCCGACUCACGGUGGCAGUUGAGACCGGGGCCAGCCAACCGCCGCCGCGCUCGCCGUUGGCCCGUCCGUCGUCGACCGAUCCAGAGCUGAUGAUGGUGGUCAAGCCGAGCCACGUGCCCGCGGCCCAGGUCCGCUCCCGGCUCGAUGCCGAGCGUCAGGCCUUUGACGACACCCUCACCGAGCUCCGCGCCCACUCGCUCGCCGAUCUCUCGUCGGUCAAGCGCAUGCUGCUGCAGGCCGCCCAGGAGUGGGACGAGGUCUUGGGCAAAGAUCUUGUGCUUCCGACACGACUGGCGUUCGCCGAAGCCAACCCGGCAAGAGUCCAUGCGUUCAACAACGCGUGUGCACCUGCACCUGCCGCUGACGACUCGAGCGUCACCAACUCGAGCCAUCUGACGCCGCCGUUGGAGCCGCGGAUGCUCGACGUGGCAAGCGCAAUGCGGACGGUGGCUUCCUCAAACGCGCUGUCGGCUCUGCAGGCAUCGGUCGAGGAGGCGGACGAUGACGCGGGCGAGAGUGCGUCGAUGACGCUUGGCGACGGUGGUCGCCGGCGUGCACACUCGAUCGCCGGCGACGCCCCCCGCCCGGAUGCGCUCGACGGCGCGCCGCCGACGCUCGAUCUUCAGGCGGCGCGCGAGACUCGAAUUGGGAGCUCUCUCCGGGCGCUGCUCUCGGACCAGGGGUACCGGCACCUUGCGCUGCCCGGUGGAAUGCACCGUUACAUCAAUGUGAUCGACAACGAGCCGUCCACGGUCAUUGCGUACGCGCUCUCUUCACUGGCGUAUGGUGCCAAGCUCACCGAGCUGUUCACCACCCACUACGCGCCGGUCUUUGCCGAACUCGGGGAAACAGCUUCGGCGGCGACGACCAGCAGCGGAACGCGCGGGGAAGAGCGCGCGGCGCGUGGGGAGCUCUCAACACCGCAAAUCGACGCGCUGCUUGCGUCACGGCGGACUGACCACUACGAGCAGCGGUUUGCGGACGAGUUCUUUGAGGCCAAAUGCGUGAUGUACUACCCAGUGCAGUUCCACGCGCUGCGCACCCAGUACGUGAGCGAGAUGGACCAGUUCCUCAUGUCGCUCUCGCGGUGCCGCGGGUGGAAGGCGUCGGGCGGAAAGUCCAAUGCCUCGUUUGCCAAGACGCUCGACGACCGACUUGUCCUCAAGGGCAUCUCCAAGUCUGAGCUCGACUCGUUCCUUGGGCUCGGACCCGAAUACUUUAGCUUUGUCUCGAACUUUCUCUUUGGCAAGAACGAUGAGCGCGAGGACGACUCUAGCGGCGCGUCCCCAUCGACGCUCUGCAUGCUCAUUCUCGGCGUCUUCCAGAUUGAGGUCACUCUUCUCAAGCGGCGGCGUGAGCGGUUCCGACAGACGUUCAUUGUGAUGGAGAACCUGUUUUACGAUGCACCCGAGAUCUCGGCCCGGUUUGACCUUAAGGGCUCUGAGCGCUCGCGGUUUGUGACGCCGUCGCCCGAGGCCAAAGACCAGGUUCUGCAGGACGACAACUUUAAGGAGUUUCUCUCGCGGUAUCCGCUGUAUGUGGGCGAGAGCGAUCUCGCGCUGCUCUCCAGUUCUGUUGUUGCUGAUUCGCGGUUUCUGGCACGGUGCAAGGUCAUGGACUACUCGCUAUUGCUCGGCAUCGACUACUCGACCGCCACCAUGUACUGCGGCGUCAUUGACUACAUCCGCCAGUACACGUGGGACAAGCAGGUCGAGUCAAUCAUCAAGUCAUCGGGCCUGAUGGGAGGCGGCGGUAAGGCGCCGACAGUGGUCAUGCCCGAGCAGUACAAGGACCGCUUCCGGGCCGCUAUGCGGACGUACUUUACGCUCGUGCCCGACAAGCACUCGACGUUUGUGUAACGCCUUCAUUGAACACACAUGCAUGUCAG